AUGAGAGUGACUAGCCUAGAGAAGGGCCUUGGUCCUGCCAUAGAAGUGAAGCACGAUGUGGCUGCUGCAACGGCGAACAAGACCAGCGAAGAAGAGUCCACUGCGCCAAUGGACCACGGACUUCAUGCUUGGACGGUGGUCGCAGGAGCCUGGUGCUGCCUCUUUUGUGGAUUUGGGUGGGUGAACGCGAUCGGUGUUUUCCAGGACUACUAUCAACAUAAUCAAUUGCGCGAGUACUCCGCAUCCAGCAUCUCCUGGAUCCUGUCUCUCGAGCCAUUUGUUCUCUUCGCCGCAGGCAUCGUCCUCGGCCGGGUUUUCGACAACUACGGCCCCAAAUGGAUGCUCCUCAUCGGCACAUUCCUGCACGUCUUUGGCCUCAUGAUGAUCUCCGUCUCGAGCGAGUACUACCAGUUCCUCCUUGCGCAGGGGAUCUGCAGUCCCCUAGGCGCUAGCUUCGUCUUCUAUCCGGCUUCCGCCUGCACAGCGACCUGGUUCGACAAGCGCCGCGCGCUCGCAUUCGGGAUUAUGUCGAGCGGGUCGUCGAUCGGCGGCGUUGUCUUCCCCGCGAUGUUAUCGCGGCUGCUGCCUCGUGUUGGAUUCGGAUGGUCGCUGCGCAUCUCGGCGUUUGUGGUGCUGGCGUUGCUGGCUGUGGCGAAUAUGACUGUUCGCUCGCGCAUCGCGCCUGUGCCGAGGAGGGUGCAGUUCAGCGAUUAUAUCGGGCCGUUCUCGGAGGUGCCGUUUGUGUUGUUGAUGCUGGCGUCUUGCUGUGGCUUCUGGGCGAUGUUUGUGCCGAUCAAUUAUGUGAUACUGGAGGCGCAGGAGGAUGGGGUUCGUCGCAGUCUGGCGGAGUAUCUAUUGACCAUUCUAAAUGCUGCAAGUCUUCCUGGUCGCAUCCUUCCCGGUUACUUGGGAGAUAAACUCGGCCGGUUCAACGUGAUGAUCGCCAUGUGUACCCUUUCUGCUCUGACGAUUCUCGUCCUCUGGAUCCCUGGAACGCUGCUGGCCCCGGGCUCUGCGGCCGUUUAUGUCAUCUUCAGCUUGUUGUAUGGGUUCGCGUCCGGAGCGUUUGUCGGCAUGGUUCCAGCACUGCUCAGCCAGAUCACGGCGGAUAUGAGCAAAACGGGUGUGCGACAGGGAGUAUUGUAUACCUGCAUGAGCAUUGCAACGUUGACCGGAAGCCCAAUUGCGGGGGCAAUUCUGAAUCGACAGCAGGAGACUUAUUGGGGGCUACAAGUCUUUGCUGGGGCAAUGAUGGUGGGGAGUGUGGUGUUCUUUGUUGCUGCGAGAGUGGUUUUACAAGGGACGUCGCUAAGAAAGAAGGUGUGA